AGAAUAUAAUGUGAACCGUAAACCAGUUCCAGCACUGUUCCAUAACGUCGCCGAGCAGGCGGUAGCUUCUUAUCUGCCGCAGAUACACAUCCCGGAAGCGGUUACUCACCAUUAGUAGCAGCCAGAGCUCCGACACAGAGACCCUCACAGAGACGAACACCUCCUGCUGAAGCUGCCGGGCUUCCCGACACACAGACCAUCCCAGAAAAACGAACACAGAAGACGUCGAUCCUAAAAAAAAAACUUUGUUGAGGUUUGAUAACAACUUUGAAGAUGACCUACGUCUGAGCGAACGCACCAGGAGGACCACCAGCACCGCCGCUGCCCUCUCCGCCGUCUUCCCCGCCAGCCUCCGCUGAGGGAGAAUCUACUCCACGUAUCGCUUUGACAGGACAACCGAAGACAGAGUAGAAACAAGAGACUUUCUCCACUGCGCUGCCGCCAUGGAGUCAGAAAAGAAAAUAACGUUCCCGUUGUUGAUGUGUGUUGGAACUGCUGUGAUCGGCUCUCUACAGUUUGGCUACAACACUGGCGUCAUCAAUGCCCCCCAGAAGAUCAUUGAGAAAUUCAUCAAUGAGACAUGGUUCCAGCGCUACCAGGAACCCAUCACAGAAAACUCCCUAACUGCCAUCUGGUCCGUCGCUGUGGCUAUUUUUUCUGUUGGUGGCAUCAUAGGCUCCUUCUCUGUCGGACUGUUUGUCAACCGUUUUGGAAGGAAGAACUCCAUGCUCAUGGCUAACGUCCUGUCUUUCAUCGCUUCUGCACUGAUGGGCUUUUCAAAGAUGGCGGGCUCGUGGGAAAUGCUGAUCAUUGGUCGUUUUGUGGUUGGCCUCUACUGUGGCCUCACCACAGGCUUCGUACCCAUGUAUGUGGGAGAGAUUUCCCCAACAACUCUACGAGGAGCCCUGGGCACCCUGCACCAGUUAGGCAUUGUGCUUGGCAUCCUGAUUGCACAGGUGUUUGGAUUGGAGGCAAUCUUGGGCAGCGACGACUUGUGGCCACUCCUCCUGGGAUUCAUUUUCAUCCCGGCCGUGUUUCAGUGCGUCCUGCUGCCUCUCUGCCCCGAGAGUCCCCGUUUCCUGCUCAUCAACAGGAAUGAAGAGAACAAGGCCAAGUCAGUGCUUAAGAAGCUGCGAGGAACCACAGACGUGAGUGCUGACAUGCAGGAGAUGAAGGAGGAGAGUCGGCAGAUGAUGAGGGAGAAGAAGGUGACCAUCAAGGAGCUUAUACUGUCGCCCAUCUACCGCCAGCCGCUCAUCAUCGCCGUAGUCUUGCAGCUCUCCCAGCAGCUGUCUGGCAUCAAUGCUGUGUUCUACUACUCCACAAAAAUCUUUGAGACAGCUGGGGUUGCGCAGCCUGUCUAUGCCACCAUUGGUGCAGGCGUGGUUAACACAGCUUUCACUGUUGUGUCGCUCUUUAUCGUUGAGCGAACAGGACGUAGGUCUCUGCACAUGGUGGGGCUGCUGGGAAUGGCUGGGUCUGCUGUCCUGAUGACAAUAGCCUUGGCUCUGCUGGACCAGAUCAAAUGGAUGUCCUAUCUGAGCAUCGUGGCCAUUUUUGCCUUCGUGGCCUUCUUUGAGAUUGGACCUGGUCCCAUCCCGUGGUUCAUCGUGGCUGAGCUGUUCUCGCAGGGACCUCGGCCUUCAGCCAUUGCUGUCGCUGGUUUGUCCAACUGGACGGCCAACUUCAUAGUGGGAAUGGGCUUUCAGUAUGUACAGGCAGCAUGUGGGCCCUACGUGUUCGUCAUCUUCACCGUGCUGCUUCUCUUCUUCUUCGUCUUCACCUAUUUCAAAGUGCCGGAGACAAAGGGCCGGACGUUUGACGAGAUCUCGUCCGGCUUCCGACAGGCGGGUGGCGCCGGCAGAGAAAAGCACUCGCCAGACGAGCUCAACAGCCUGGGAGCUGAUUCUCAGCUCUGAGCGACCGUUUCAAACUUUCUAACAAACUCUCUGUCAGACCGAGGAGGGAGCGCAGAAAGGGUCUUCUGACUAGAAGUAGACAUAUACAUUGGUAGAGUUUUUUUUCCCCACACUGUCACCACAUUUUGGGCACCAGUCCCGUGAUUCUCCAACAUGAUAUUUUCUGCCGCCCCUUUUCAUGUCACACACAGAAACUCAGCGGCUCUGUCGUCUGGCAGAUGUAGAUGGAAAGUUGAGGAUAGAUGUGGAAGAUUUUGAAAAGUUUCUUGUGAAAUAAGGAAAAUAAGUGUCUGCAUCAAUCAACCAACCUUUAUUUUAUUUUAUUAUUUUUAAAGAAAACUGCUUUAUUUCACAAAAUAUAUUUUAUAUCUGCUUAUGCUCUGUUCUGUGUAGACUGUUACAGUACUGUCACAAAAAAUACUUUGUGGGUCUUCAUCCUGCAACGUUGUAUCACUGUACACUUAAGCACUGUAGAUGCCUAACAGCUUGACUUUGUCUCUGUCCACCAGAGGGAGCACUCCCUUGGAGAAAAGUGCCUCAGUGCUCCCCUGAUGAAGGACAAGUUGUUUGCACCUUUUUUAAAGUUACUGAAUACUCGGUCACACACUGAGGAUUUUAAUGAACAUAAUGAAAUAUUUUACUGUUGUGCUUCGUAUUUUACUCACAUUUGUCACACAUGUACUCCGCUUGUCAUUGGUAAGAAUGACUUGAUACUGAAUUUGGAAGAAGAAUCUGUUAAUGGUGAUGAUAAGACUUUAUAGCGUGUUUUUCUAUUUCGCAGAACAGCUGAUGAGUUUCAUAUUGGGUAUAUUGGGUUUUGUAGAAGAGGAACAGUAUCUGCACAGAUCAGAACCAGAGAGCUGAACAAUGAGUAAAUCAUCCAUCUGAAAUUACUGAUAAAUACACACUGUUUGACAAAUCUGACCCACAAAACCAGAACAUUUGUGAGUUUUAAGUGCCUGUCUGAAACAAUCAUGCCUCUAUUGCCUUCAGCCUUCCAGUGUAUUACAGUUUCAGGUCAGACCGGCCUGAUCCAGACUGAAAGCCUCUAUCAGUGGGGGAUCUUCACUUCUUUUUUGUGUUUUGUUGAAUCGAGAUUAUAUCUGGAGCCUCCAGAGUCUGUUGAUUUGGCCAGAGUGAUUUCACUUGAGCAGUAGUCACGUAACUGUUCCUCCAUGACAACCACAAAAUACGCUCAGAAAGCAUGACACAUAGUUAAAAAUAAAUAACAGGGACCAAUAUGAAUGUCAUUAUUAACCCUAACCCACCCCCGUGUUCCUUGCACUCUAUGACGUCCAAAAGGAGGUUGAGGUUUGAUGCUGUGGUGCGAGGCCCACGUUGUGCCUUGUACUCUGAAUUCUGCAGUAUUUAUAUAGCUUUCUCUUUUCCAGUUGUGUACUCACUGCAGACAUAAGUUGGUGACAUAAAAAAAAAGAACCAUGUAGUCAGACUCACUUGGCCUCGCUGUACAAGUCUGUGAUUGCUGUAGCACUUGUGUUUUCUCUGUAAGUGCAUCGUUUGGGGAAGUCAUCGUUUUGGCUGCACUUUAUUAUUCACAUCUUCAUCUUCAUUGAUGUUUUUUUUCCUACUCGGUGUGGAAAUGAUUACUGAAGACAGACUGAAGUACUGCUGAUGGAUUACUUGAUGUUUGUUUUUUUUGUUUUGCUUUUUUAAAAUGGCAAUGCACGGAAUUGUCUAAUUUUUCCCAUCUAUUCCAUUCGUAUAAGAGCACACUGACGUGUGUUGUGGGUCAAUACAACAUUCAUAAUUUAAGGACUUUGAUCCAAAUCCAACCCGCUUGUUUAAAAACAUUUUUAAAUCAUUCCAUUCUUGAAAGUUUUUGUACAUAGUAGAUCUUUGUAGAAUAUAUAUUUUUUUGAUUCAGUGGGUCAGCUCACCUGUCCUGGAAUGCACUGUAACAUCCACUCCAUAAUAUACAAUAUUGUCACCAGCAAACCCGUGUAAAAGAUGCGUGCCCACACACACACACUCCCAGAGUAAUGUCUGUUGCAAAUAUCAAAAUUGUAAUUUAUGUAUAGGUCCACACCUCUGUUUGGGCAUUUCAUUUUUAAUGUAACCUUUACCUUAUGGCACAGGUCGGUGGUCUAAACACACGGGAUGAUGUAAAUAUGAAGCACACUACAGCCUUACCCACUCCAAUAUAUGAACUAUUUAAGUUUUAGAUGGUGUGUUUAAGUAGAUAAAUGAAUUAUUAGUGCUGUAGUGCCACACUUUCUUUCUCUGACUUUUUGAUUUGAUAUCCAUGUUGUGGCUUAAUAACAAAAGAAUUUUAUUUCUGUAGUGUUUUCAUUUUAGUGCACAGAGCAUAUUCUAAUGUUUUUAAUAGUAAAAGAUCUGUGUGUAUGAUGCUGAAAUGUCAACCUUUGCUGGGGUGAAAUGUAUACGUUGUAAAGGAUGGUCUUGUUUGAGUGGCUGAAUAAAAGAAAUCAUACGUACAGA